AUAAAUUUCAAUUCAAGAACCCAAAAGUACCAAUAACCUUCCUCCUCCCUUCAUUCAAAACCCACCUCUGUCCUUCCUCACUUCUUCUCUAUAAACUUCCCAACUACCCUUUUACUCAACCCAUGGCCAUGGCCAUGGUGGAGCUAUGGACUCACAUUGGGUCUUUAAUGGCGACAAUCAUGUUUGUUUGGGCAAUUAUUCAACAAUAUUGCCCUUACCAACUCCGUGGCCAUAUCGAGAAAUAUGUCCACAAAUUCACCGGUUUUCUCUAUCCUUACAUUACAAUCACCUUCCCUGAGUACACCGGCGAGCGUCUCCGCCGGAGUGAAGCUUUUACAGCCAUUCAAAACUACCUUGGUUCCAAAACCGCCAUCCGUGCUAAGCGGCUGAGAGCAGAGGCAGUCAAAGAUAGCAAAUCUUUGGUUCUCAGUAUGGCUGAUAACGAAGAAGUUAUUGACGAAUACGAAGGCGUCAAGAUCUGGUGGACUUCCAUAAAAUCUACGCCCAAAAGCCAGACUAUUUCUUAUCACCCUUCUUCCGAUGAGAAACGAUUCUACAACCUCACAUUCCACCGCCGGAACAGAGACAUCAUUCUUGGGUCUUUUAUUAACCACAUCAUGGAACAAGGCAAGGCGGUUGAGCUUAAAAACCGGCAGCGGAAGCUUUAUAUGAACAACUCGAACAACGAUUGGUGGCACAAAAGUAGUUGGAGACAUGUCCCUUUUGAGCAUCCUGCCAAGUUUCGAACUCUGGCUAUGGAUCCCAAGAAGAAGCAAGAGAUUAUCAAUGAUUUGGUGAAAUUUAAGAAUGGAAAAGACUAUUAUGAGAAGGUGGGCAAGGCUUGGAAACGUGGGUAUCUUCUCUACGGUCCGCCGGGAACUGGGAAGUCCACCAUGAUCGCCGCCAUGGCGAAUUUCAUGGAGUAUGAUGUUUAUGAUCUCGAACUCACCUCUGUUAAGGAUAAUACAGAGUUGAAGAAAUUAUUGAUUGAGAUUUCGAAUAGAUCGAUUAUUGUGAUCGAGGACAUUGAUUGCUCUCUUGAUCUCACUGGUCAACGGAAGAAGAAGAAAACAGAGGAAGAGGAAAAUACAGAGGAAAAGAUCAAGGACCCUGUUAAGGAAGCCGAAAAAGAAGAGAAGAAAGAGAGCAAAGUGACACUUUCUGGGUUGUUGAAUUUCAUCGACGGAAUUUGGUCGGCGUGUGGUAGAGAGCGGUUGAUUAUUUUCACGACAAAUCACAAGGAAAAGCUUGAUGAAGCUUUGAUUAGAAGAGGAAGAAUGGACAAACAUAUAGAGAUGUCUUAUUGUGGGUUCGAAGCAUUCAAAGUUCUUGCGAUGAAUUACUUGGAUGUUGAAUGGGAUGAGUCGUAUGAAAAGAUUCGUGGUUUGUUUGAGGAGACAGAAAUGACUCCGGCAGAUGUGGCUGAGAAUUUGAUGCCGAAAUAUGAAGGUGAAAAAACAGAGGAGUGUUUGAAGAGAUUGGUUGAAGCUCUUGAGAGUACGAAAGAAGCAGCUGAGAAGAAGGCCAAGGAAGAAGCUGAAGCGGCCAAAAUGGCAGAAAAAGAGAAGGAAGAGAGAGAAGAAUCAACAUCUGAGAAGGACCACGAAGAUAAUGAAAUUGAAUGCAAUGGAGUCGGAGUUAAAGAAGUAAAAGAAAAUGGUCACAUAGAGAAAGAUGAUCAGAACAACUCGAACAUGGCAAUUUAGGAAAAUUGUUUUAACAUAUUAGUUUAAGCAUAUUCUCCUAAGAUUUCCCUUCUAUUUUCUGAUAUUAAUUGUAGUCUAGGUUCUUUUUAAUGAACUAUUGUAUUCUGAAUUAAUCAAGGAAAUAUUUAUUAUUCUCCUCUCUAAUAACGAUAUUGUCACUUUAAAGAA